ACAGAGAAGAAGGGAACAGCAGCAUCUCGAUCCACACACAUACAUGACAACAGGAUCCUCAUAAAUUCUCUGUGUUGGUCUGUGUUUGUCCGCCUCACCUUAAUUUCAGAGCACCCGACCUCCGUCAAAACAUCCUUAAAGAGUUUUUCGAAGCUUCCGAUCCUGCUUGUGCUCCCCAUUCCAAUCUCUUCCCUCCAAUAAUAACAUGUAACUGUCAAACACUCCAGUGGUGUUUCAUAGAAACAGAAAAGUCAACCAGGUCCAGUUAUGGCGGCUAUGGAGGCCUUCUCCUUUCUGCUACCGUCCCAAGUGCGUGAGUCGUCGUCGUUCUUCAACAUUGGUACCGUAGUCGCUCUCUGCGUGUUCUUCGCCCUGCUCUGCGCGUGCAUUAUAAUUGGCCACCUCCUGCACGGGAACAGGUGGGCUAACGAGUCCAUCACGGCCCUGCUGCUGGGGCUAUGCUCAGGUGUGGUCGUGUUGCUGGUUAGUAAAGGGCAGAGUUCUCGGAUUUUGAGUUUCAGCGAGAAUCUCUUCUUCCUCUACUUGCUACCGCCGAUCAUCUUCAAUGCCGGUUUCCAGGUCAAGAAGAAGCAGUUCUUCAAGAACUUCACAACUAUACUGUUGUUCGGAGUUCUCGGGACCGUCAUCUCUUUUUGUGUCAUAUCUUUAGGUGUCUUUCUGCUGUUCAAGAAAAUCGGCCUAACGUCACUGGGAAUAAAAGAUUACCUGGCUGUCGGCGCUAUACUUUCGGCAACGGAUUCAGUUUGCACGUUGCAGGUUCUCAGUCAAGAUGAAACGCCCUUCCUUUACAGCAUCGUCUUUGGGGAAGGAGUCGUGAAUGAUGCCACUUCGAUCGUGCUCUUUAAUGCAGUUCAGUCGCUCGAUGUGAGCAACAUCAGUGGGCUUACGGCCUUGAAGCUUCUAGGGAAUUUCCUAUACCUCUUCUUCACCAGUACUAUUCUUGGAAUUGCUGCCGGUCUUUUAAGUGCUUACAUCAUAAAGGCUCUUUACUUUGGAAGGCAUUCCACUGACCGUGAAGUUGCGCUAAUGAUGCUCAUGGCUUAUCUGUCAUAUAUGCUUGCUGAGCUGAUGAAUCUCAGUGGAAUUUUAACGGUAUUCUUCUGCGGCAUUGUCAUGUCCCACUAUACGUGGCAUAACGUCACUGAAAGUUCUCGUAUAACAACCAAGCAUGCUUUUGCAACAAUUUCAUUCAUUGCGGAAACUUUCAUCUUCUUAUAUGUGGGCAUGGAUGCCUUAGAUGUUGACAAAUGGAAAAGCAGCAAAGCGAGCCCAGCAACAUCAGUGGCUGUGAGUGCUACCUUCUUAGGAUUACUCUUGGUCGGGAGGGCUGCGUUUGUGUUCCCAAUAGCAAAUAUCAGCAACUUACUUAAGAAAAGAGAGAGCUCAAAAAUUGAAUUUCGGCAGCAGUUUAUAAUAUGGUGGGCAGGCCUAAUGAGAGGAGCAGUCACUAUAGCUUUAUCUUACAGUCAGUUCUCAAAUUCAACAGGAACGACUUCGCCGGAUGAUGCACUGAUGUGUACCUCUACCAUGAUAGUCGUCCUAUUCAGCACGAUUGUAUUUGGUUCCAUAACGAAGCCUCUGAUCAAAGCGGUUCUUCUAAGCAGGCACAAGCCCAACGUUUCAGAUGCGACUGAUCUCCCGAGCCUCGAGGACCUGAGGCUUCUGUUCAUUGAAAAUGGAGCAGAGAGUAGUGAGCAGGGGAGCAACCAACGAAAGGGAAGUAACCUGAGAUUGCUCAUGACACACCCACACAUAACUGUCCAUUAUUUGUGGAGGAAAUUCGACGAUAAAUUCAUGAGACCAGUGUUCGGUGGAAGGGGUUUCGUGCCAUUCGUUCCCGGAUCUCCAACAGAAGCGGCGGAUGAGAGUCACGAAAACAAUGUCUCAGACCGGGCAGUUGACAGUUGAUUUAUUCUUCCCCGCCCUUUUGUCAGAUGUACAACAGAGUGAGAUCACUUGUAGCACAAGAAAUUUUGCAGAUUUUCUUCUUUCCUCCUCAUCAUUGGCAAAGAGAUUGUGCAUCAUAUUCUUUUGUUAACUUGUGCAAGAAUAGUUGGUAUACUAAUUUUUCUA